UUUUGGGUAUCAACUCUUUGAUCAUCAUGCUGAAUAUUUGUUUUUGAUUUUGGGUGGCAUUACCUAGGGGCGCUGUAGCUCUUGAUCCCGCUUUGUUCCUUGCAGGCCAUAUCCUUGGGACAUGGGCUUCGGAUGACACCCAUCGGAUGCUUUACAGAAUGUCUGUCUGCCCAUUGUUGGUUAUGGGCAAGUCAACCAGUGUACAUGGUGCAGUUAUCUGGGCGCUGAUGAGGUUUUUGUGUCAAGGAAUCAAAGACGAUGGAGCUCUUCGUGGCGCGAGCUGGUUUUUAUAUCCAUCACAGCGAACAACGACCCUCAAACGAUGUGGCAUCAUGUUGAUGGAAACGUGACACAUCUAUG